AACUCUCGCCGCAUCACUUUCAACCCCAAUCGACUGUCAUCUUGCUGCGAACAUGCUGCCUCAAACACUUGCAACGCCUGGAGCGACUAGAUUAUGCGUAGGAAACCGUCGACGGAGCUGCCGCGAUUCGUGAUACCACACCCUCCGUCCUCCCAAUGGCGUCGCCGUCACGUACUCUUCGUAUUCACUGGGCUCCUGUUUGUGCUGUGGCUCCUUCGGUCGAGGCGUGCAUGUCCUGAAGGCGACGGAAUCAACUGGAGGAAAUACGCAUACAGCCUCUACGCGACGGAUGGCGCGACCUUGUGCCACGCUGUGCUAGUUUUCGACUCUCUCGCAAAGCUAGGUAGCAAAGCCGACCGUGUCCUGUUUUACCCGGACGCCUGGGAUACAGUGAUUUCGGACUCUCGCGAUCGCAAUAGCCAGUUGCUCGUGAUUGCGAGGGACAAGUACGAUGUUAAGCUUCAGCCGAUCAAGCUUUUGACAGUGGAAGGGAGGACGCGAGACGGCUUCACUGGCACCUGGCAGAAGUCUGUAACAAAGCUUAUGGCCUUCUCCCUUGGCUACUAUGACCGGGUCAUUGCGCUCGACUCCGAUAUCACCUUACUCAAGCCCAUCGACGAACUCUUCCUUCUCCCUGACACACCGAUCGCACUGCCGCGGGCGUACUGGUACAAGGUCGACCCACCACCACUGACCUCUCUACUCAUGGUCAUCAAGCCGAACCUCGAAGAAUUCGAGCGAUUCAAAGACGCUAUACAGGAGGGCGGGGAUACCGCAAUCGUGCAAGCGCACAAGUUCGACAUGGAGCUCGUCAACGAGCGGUUCGAGCACAGCGCGCUCGUACUCCCCCACCGGCCGUACGCGCUCCUGAGCGGCGAAUUCCGGAAGAAGAACCACACGGCCUAUCUAGGGAAUCCCUGGGAGACUUGGGAUGCGCAGAAGAUCUACGACGAGGCGAAGUUGGUCCAUUUUAGUGACUGGCCCCUUCCGAAGCCGUGGAUCAUGUGGCCGCUGGAAGGGCUCGCUGAGAUACAGCCGGAUUGCGGAGGGAGCCACCAGGGGACGUGUGCGGAGCGGAAGAUAUGGAAGGGGUUGUAUGAGGAUUUUCGGGCGAGGAGGAAGGACAUCUGUCGGCUUCUGAGUGUGCCUGCGCCGGACUGGUCGAAGAUCAAAGCGAGUGCGCCUGGAGACAACUCUACAGAGGUACAAGGGUAAGGGAUGAAGUAGCGCUGGUCCUUCAGAAAUUUAGUUUGCAAGAUGUAUUCUAUAGAAGUGUCGAGCGUUCGAAACAGCUCGAAGCUCUAUGCGGUGUGUAUUUGAAGACUUUCCUACCAGACAGAUAGCAAAGAAGAAUACUAGUCUUUGCUGUUGGAAGCAGGGCUUGGAAGGAGUUCGUUCUAUGGCAGAGGCCCACCACAAUUCUGUACAUAUGGGCUCCCUU